CUUCCAAUUUCCAAUAAGAAUAAUAAAAAGCCCCAGCUCCCGCAACUCGCAACCAGGUAUGGCCUAGCUCUCCAUGAGUUAUUGAUUUAUUGCAGAAAACUUAUCUUUCUUGUUCUUCUCUCAAACAUCGGAGAUUUGGAGUUCCAGGUCCCCCUGUCCGCUGCGUAUUUAGCGGCUUUCGGGUUAGGUCAGCCAAGUUGAAUCGAAAUUAGGGUUCCAGAUCCACUUCCACUUCCACCACUUGUUUUGCGAACUUUCAAGCUAAGAAGGUUUUAUUUCCAUUUCGUAAUCGUGCUCAUCUGGUACGUACAAGCGCGGUUUUCGUUGCAGUGGUAUCGUUUCUGUAACGGGUGGUGCACAUUUUAGUUAAUUUUUAGAACUUUCUCGUAGGUUAUUUUUAUCUCAGGAAUAUUGAAUCUCUGAUGGAAUUAGGAUUUUACGAAGUAUGAAGUGGUUUUUUGAUGAGUGAUUUACACAUGCUUACAAAAUCUGGGGCUUCGUUGGAUUCAUCCGAAUUAGGGAUUGCAGAGGCCUUAUUGAUUCAGGGUUUUUGAUCUGUUCUGGAAUUCGCCUCCUGGAGGAACUGCUGAUUUUAGUCUCCUAGCUAAGAAUGUCUACUAACAAUAAUAAUCCAACGAAGAAUGUUGAGGGUGCUCCUUCCCCUUUUGGUAAUGCUGGGAUGGUCUCGUCAUCCAUACCGAUGAAUCACCCUGCGCAGCUUCACUCUCAGUCACAGGCUCAAGCACAUGGAGGCUCGCACUUCCAGGGUCAGUUCCAGUCUCCUCUCCAGUCCCAAUCCCAAGCCUUGGCGCAGGCUCAAGUCCGAGCUUUUGCCCAAGUACAGUCUCAAGCCCAGGCACAGGCACAAGCACAAGCUCAAGCUCAUGCAGCUCAAGCUCAAGCUCAUGCAGCCCAAGCUCAAGCAGCUCAUGCCCAAUUUCAAGCCCAGUUACAAGCUCAAGCUCAGUCCCUUAAUCAAACCACUGGAAUUGGGCAUUUGGGUGCCUCAUCUCCAUCCCUUUCAACACCUGGCACGGCAAAUGCGAAGCGGGUAUUGCAGAAACCUCCAGCGCGUCCUCCUGGUAAUGCUACCAUUAAUACAAUUUCCCCAUUCAAAACUAUGGAGCUAACCCCUGCUGCUCGUAGAAAAAAGCGAAAACUUCCUGAGAAGCAGAUACCCGAUCGAGUGGCAGCCCUUCUGCCAGAGUCUGCUCUAUACACCCAGCUACUUGAGUUUGAGUCGAGGGUAGACGCUGCUCUCGCAAGAAAGAAGAUUGAUAUCCAGGAAUCUCUGAAAAAUCCUCCGUGUAUUCAGAAGACUCUGCGGAUUUAUGUUUUCAACACAUAUGCCAAUCAGAGCCGUACAAUCGCUGAGAAGCAGAACUCUGAGAUGCCUUCUUGGUCGCUUAAGAUAAUUGGGAGGAUAUUGGAAGACGGGGUUGAUCCAGACCCUUCUGGUGUGAUCCAGAAACCAAGCGCAUCGUACGCCAAGUUCUCUUCAUUUUUCAAGAGAAUUACCAUCAACUUGGACCCAAGCCUCUAUCCGGAGAAUCCGACCAUUAUAUGGGAGAAUGCUCGAUCGCCGGCACCACAUGAAGGCUUUGAGGUGAGAAGAAAAGGGGACAAGGAAUUUACUGUGAAUAUACGGUUGGAAAUGAAUUAUGUUCCUGAGAAAUUUAAGCUUUCACCUGCUUUGAUGGAACUUCUGGGCGUUGAGGUAGAUACACGCCCGAGAAUCAUAGGUGCAAUUUGGCAUUAUGUGAAGGCUAGAAAGCUGCAGAACCCGAAUGACCCUUCUUUCUUUGCUUGUGACCCACCUCUCCGAAAAGUUUUUGGGGAGGAGAAGAUGAGAUUUUCCAUGGUUUCCCAGAAGAUAUCUCAGCAUCUUUCCCUCCCUCAGCCUAUUCAUCUUGAGCAUAAAAUCAGGCUAUCUGGUCCCAGCCCAGCUGGGAAUGCUUGCUAUGAUGUAUUGGUAGAUGUUCCCUUUCCAUUACAGAAAGAGAUGUCUGCUUUCUUGGCCAACAUAGAGAAGCACAAAGAGAUUGAUGCUUGUGAUGAAGCUAUUUGUGCUGCUAUUAAAAAGAUCCACGAGCAUCGUAGGAGGCGAGCAUUCUUUCUCGGGUUUAGUCAAUCUCCUGUGGAGUUUAUUAAUGCUUUAAUUGCCUCACAAAGCAGAGACUUGAAGCUUGUUGCUGGGGAAGCUAGUCGUAAUGCUGAAAAGGAGCGUCGGUCAGAAUUCUACAACCAACCAUGGGUUGAAGAUGCUGUUAUUCGUUAUCUGAACCGAAAGCCUGCUGCGGGAAGUGAUGCUCCUGGAAGCACUUGAAUUGGUAUGGUAGGAUUUUUCGUAGAUCCUGCAUGUAUAAGCAAGUCACAUUUCUGGCCUGCGUAUACACCGAGGAACAUAGGCAGUCCCUAGGGUUGUUUGGUGCAUCUGAAUCUGUUUGUCUGAAAGGAGUCACUGGAGCUGCAGAGCCACCUGCCGAAGAGGAGAUUGAGGAAAUUCAAAGAACAGCAGUGGGGGAACAGACCUCAGUGAAUGUGCAACAGAAAUUCAUUACAAAAGCACUAACCGUAAAAGGAUGGAUUGUUUUGUGAAAGAAUUUUAAUGUGCAACAGAAAUUCAUUACAAAAGCAGUAACCGUAAAAGGAUGGAUUGUUUUGUGAAAGAAUUUUAGGGCCUAUCAAAAGUGGAAUUUGUGCUUGUGGAAGAUUUCCUUGUAGUAUUAUUCUUCCAUCCAUUCUAAUUAAAUGAUAUUUUCUUAUUCGGUAAA